CGGCGAUGAGUGGCGACGACGACGACGACGACGUCGGGCGCGUUUCCCGUGGCCGAGUGACGAUGCAGCGCCGCCAAAGGUCGAGCCGCGCCGCGAAGAUUCCCGGCUGCGAGUCCACGGACGACGAGGACGUCGAUCACGCAAGUAAGGAUGAGUCAAUCAGUCCGCCAAACGAGUUCGAAGAGUCGCUGCACGCGAUGUCGGAUAUCUACGGACAAACGCCACCCAGGACUCGUCUCCGUAGCAAGAAGAGGCACAUGAAGCAGAAGCUCGCGUCUGGCGGCGAUCUUAAGUCAAUAGAGAAAGAAGCUAGGCCAAGGACGGCUAUCCACAGGCGCAACACCCUGGACACUAUCAUCUUCAACGAAAUGUGCGACAAAGCGGACAAGGAUUACGAGGACGAGACGAAGGAGGACGCGAAGGAGGGCAGCCGAAAGAGCAAGAGAAGCUUGAAGCUGUUGCGCGGCAACGAGAGGGACCUGAAACUCGACGUGGAGGCUGCCCACAACUAUGCCGAGAGGUACACCGGCGACAUGGCAGUGUCGACGCCGAAUCAAAUCAAGGUCGAAACUAGAAAUAGAUUUCGCUGCCUGCGAUCCAAGCCUGUUGACGUGGAGGAGAAGAAAAAGGUGGAGCGCGAGGAUAGCGAGCGGAGCGUGUUGUUAAGUGAGGAAAGUUUACGCGCGCAAUCGCCGAGAACGCAGAGCUUGAGGGAGAGAGAAAUCUUCCACGACACGUUCUCUUUUUUAAUUAAGUUGGGGAGCACAGAACGGAAUUGUCGUCGUCAGAUGAGUCACGAGGAGACCAGGUGGCAGAACGAAUUAAAGGACCUGAUAUGGCUGGAAUUGCAAGCGCAUCACGCGGAUCGCAGUCUGUUUGCUCAGGAUGAAUAUCUGUGCCGUCAACGAGAGGCGGUGGAUGGUUUACUUUCAGAAAUAAUGGAGUACAGAUACGAUCCCAUCGCGGACGCGCAAGAGGGUGGCUCGAGUUGCAUCAGCCCCGGCGACAAUCCGUGCGAUCGAUCCACGAAUUCCGGUUUGAGCCCGAACGUCGAGCUGGGCGUAUGCCCGGGUUGUCUCUCCAUGUACUGCCGUGCGUGCGCCCGCGCGCAGGGGGAGGCGUUGCAGCAGGUGGAAGCUCUGCUGGCUCGCCUGGAGGUAGUGGAAGCCCUGUAUCCGUCCUCCCACGCGUUCGCCGUUUAUCACCCGUUGUACAAGAGCCCGGAGUUCACCGACAGGGUGAAAGCCAUGUGCCUCUGGUACAACCUGACGAAGCACCAUCGGUUCAAACUGCAGAUACUGGGCAGAUUACUCAUGAUGCUGCACAGCAAGAAGAAGCAGGACGAGUUCAACGACUCCGGCAUCAGUUCGCGAUCUUCAGAUACCGUCGAUUCUGCGGAGCGACAAUCUAUAGUGCGAUUUGAACUACCUCAACAGGACGAAACUUCCAGCCCCUCCGACAGCAAUAACAGCAACAAUUCCUCGAUCGGGGGUUUAUCAUUUAUGUCGCAGUCACUGCCACCCACUCCGGAAACCUCGUUUUCAUAUUUUGAGGACGAAAGAGUCGACGAAAGAGUUGAUCGACUUGACUUCUACUUGGUCGAGUUCGAUAGACAUGCUUAUAGAAAAUACAUUGAAGAUGUGCUAAAAACGAGAGGUCUCAGGAAGAGUUUGAAUUUCUUGGAUCGAUUACAUACGUCUAUAUUGAGAAAGGCAAGAUUAACUUUGGAGAAAAAUGAUUUUGAGGGAAGCGAUAGCAGCGCAACUGAAGAAUACGAAGGUGAUAAGGAAUUACGACGGUACGGGAGUUGGAGCUCCGAGGCGAAGGAAUUAAAUCUACCAUCAUACAGGGCAGCUUUCGUGUUUCUCUCGCGUGUGCCUCUGGACGUGGUCCAUGAAUUUCUGAGGAUGAGAUUGGAGCAGAAGCCGGAGCAGCCGAGUCCGUUGUCGGUCCGACAGCUCAUGCGGGAGCUUCGCGAGGGUCUUAGGAUCGCUUGCAUCCAUCGCGACCGGUUCGCCGCGCACUCUCGUGCUGCCGUGGCCAGCGACGAAGCCGGCUGUGAGAGUCUGUUUGAGGAGGACGUCAAGUACUUCGACGAGAGUUUGAGGGCCGUGUUCGAGUUGUAUUUGGAUUAUCUUCAGCAGUGGGUAGACAUGGUGCAGCACGACAGCUUCCACAAAAAUCUUAUUAUGGACGAAUGGCUGUUCGUCAAAUCCAUCGCUGGGAAUAUAAGUGACGGAUAUAAGAUUGCCGGCGUGAAAUUCUAUAAAAUUGCGCAUACGAUGAUCAAGCAAGUGAAUGAAUUUCUCGUCGAACGGACUCGCGAGAUCCGGGAGAACGCGUAUUACGAAGAGAAGGAGGACGACGACGAGUUGGCAAACAAAUUCCACCUGAUGUGUGUGGGCCGCGAGUGGCAGGGAAUGUUCGUGGAGGCUCGGGAGAAGAUUGUGAAGAGCAUCAAUCUCGCCAAAUGUUUGAAACGCGACAUCGAGAAAUGGCCCGUCUCCGACCAGGAAUUGGAGGAGUCGUUAAAGCUGGUGAAGGAUAUAAUCCUGGAUUUGAGGCAUCGCAUAACGAUGGUGAUCGAUGAUUUUCAAAGCGAGGCCAUCGAAGUGGAGCAGUCGAACACCGAGAACGAUCAGAUGCCCUUACGAUCGAGGAUCCGCGAGAUUCUCCAUCAGGCUUACAAGAUGGGCUUUGACUUUCACAAGGAGAUGUGCAAGCUAUUCUCGCUGGAAGAGAAAGCCAUCCUGGCGCGGGGUCUGGUGUCGUUCGCACUACUGUGGAUGGAGUUUGUGAGAACACGAUGCGAGCGUGGCCGCGGCUUGAGGCCUCGAUGGGCGAAUCAAGGUCUGGAAUUUUUAAUAACGGUGUGCGAGCCGCACAACACGAAGCAUCUCACCGACCAGGAGUUCGAGGAGUUAAAGAGAUGCAUGGAUCGCUGCAUAUCUCAUGUCGUGGGGACCGUAUCGGUUACGGGAUCGACGCCGGAGACAGAAAACAUAAGACGACUGUCGCGAUCAAGAGCUUCAUCGCCGUCACACCACGGCCGUACUAGAACUGCGAGCAUCACCAUUUCUCAGAAGCCACGGGACGCUUUGAAGUCACCCGAGCUGUCGGUCAGCGUGAAGAAAAAUAAUUCGUCGAAUAUGGUUGACGGAAAUCUCGCGGUGAUAAUAAACAUGCCCGAGCGGGGCACGCACAGGCACGAGAGAGUCAUCCGUGCCGUCAAGAAGGUGGAGAACGAGCUCGACGAUAAGUUGCGAAGCCGAGAGCUUAUCGGACAGACCAUCGACAGGAAAGCAGUGGAUAGAGUUCACAUCAAGGCGAGACGAGUUACAUUCACGUGGCAGCGAGGUAUUAAAAUAGGCCAGGGAAGGUUUGGCAAAGUGUAUACCGUGGUGAACAAUCAAACCGGUGAAUUGCUGGCCAUGAAAGAGGUACAAUUGCAACCUGGCGAUCACAGAGCGAUCAGGCGUGUCGCCGAGGAAUUACAGAUCUUCGAGGGGAUUAAACACCAGCAUUUAGUGCGAUAUUACGGCCUAGAAAUUCAUCGGGAGGAGAUGCUGAUCUUCAUGGAAUUUUGUGCGGAGGGAACCCUCGAGAGCUUGGUGGCUGGUAGCGGCAACGGGCUGCCGGAAUCUUUGGUCAGAAAGUACACUCAUCAACUUCUUUCGGCUGUGGCAGCGUUGCACUCUCACGGGAUAGUUCAUCGGGAUAUUAAAACUGCAAAUAUUUUUCUAACAGACGAAGGCAAUUGUCUGAAACUCGGUGACUUUGGUAGCGCGGUGCAGAUUAAAGCCCACACAACCAUGCCUGGGGAACUCCAGGGCUUUGUCGGUACGCAAGCUUAUAUGGCGCCUGAAGUAUUCAUGAAGUCUGAAAGUAGCGGACACGGUAGAGCCGCUGAUAUCUGGUCGGUGGGUUGCUGCAUUAUCGAGAUGGCAAGUGGACGGCGGCCUUGGUCAGAUUACGAUUCAAAUUAUCAAAUUAUGUUUAAGGUUGGAAUGGGAGAAACACCAACACUUCCAAAGAAUCUUUCCGCGGAAGGCACAGACCUCGUGAAGAAGUGCCUUCAACACGAUCCGAAGAAAAGAUUGACCGUGAAUAAUCUCCUCGGGCACUCUUUUGCGCGUGCGGAAUAUGAGGAUUGUAAUGCUGAUUUAACGACGCCGCGAUAAAAGCUCAGGAAGAUUGCACAAUCUCUGUCAGGGCCUGGCAGAACUGGCAUUCGCACUUAAUCGGUAGAAUUGUCCCACUCAUUUGCUGUAUUGUAUUAUUUGAAUGUUCUCGCUCCUCUGAGCAAUUCAGUGUGUUUUAUCCAGCUUUAAACGGCACUGUUUAAACGUAAUUUUUAGUUAAUAUUUUGUAAUAGUUUGUAAUAUUUGCGGCAGGUUAUACGAACGAAACAAGGCAGUCUGAAAAUAUUUUAUCCACCUGACAAAACCAGUAAUGUAUGUACUAUUGUGAUCAUGUUCUACUUAAGCAUAAUUAUACAUUAUGCGUUUCCAAAGUACACUUUCUUUCGAUUAUUCGAUUGUUAAAUGAUGAGGCUAAAGAUUAGCUAGCUUUUAGUAAAAAUUAGCUAUUAGCAAAGCUUUUAGUAAUGGAGAGAUGUAAAUUAGACUUUUGAUGUACAUAAUUAUAAAAUUGUAAAAAAAAAACAAGUUUAUUUUAGUUUUCUAAUUAAUUUGGAACAAAAUAGCUUUAAUAAAAUCAUUGCAGAUUCAAUGAUAUAUUUAAAGAUUAAAACGUUACUAAUAAUGGCGUUGAUUUAAUGUUUGUGAAUAACAAAUUAAAAUGUAGGCUCCACACCAGGAUUGUCUGGUGGAAGGAAAGUGCAACUUUGGGAUACCCUUUAUAUCGUCUAUGAUAUGUGAUUAGAUAGCUACGCUAUUAGAAUAAGUUUGAUAAUUCGAGCUGAAAGAAUUGAAAGACCUCAGGAGCUUUAAAUUCGAUUGCCGCGAUUCGAUGAUCGCGUGUAUAAUUUUUCACUCAGUCGAGUAAUAUUAUAUAUUUAUAAGGAAUAUAUGGCCUUUAAUAUACAAGAACAAUGAGAAAUACACAUUUCUCUUUAUAUUUUUAUCUAAAUAUAUCAAAAUAUAUAAACAAAUAUAGUUUUAUAAUACGUGCAUUUAUCAUUUAUAUAUAAGCUCUAGCAUAUAAUGUAUGCUGUGUAUUCCUUACAAAUAUACGACUGGUACAAAUGACAGAGGCCAGAUACUUCACAUUCCGAGGAUUUUAUUCACGCCUCACAAUUAGUAUUAAAUGCGGCUAUCCGAUCCUCACAUCCCGUCACACAAACUUCGCAUUUUUACCUUGGAUGUUUAGGCGCUCGUAUUUAGUGCUAGUUUGCGAUCUACAGCGAUUCAAAGAGAGGUGUGAUUAAUUGUAAGUGUUGCUCUAAGAGGCACCUUUUAAGGUACAAUAACGGCAGCUUCGAGCAUGCGUGUGUGUUAUGCCUAUAUCAAAUGAUUAUUUCGUAGACGAGAAUGACUUGUUAUUAUUAUAGAAUGGAUAUUCUAUUUUAAAUAAAAUAUGACCAAGAAUAAAGAGGGAAACAACGAA